AUGGCAGAAUUGGAUUAUUUAUUUCUGGGAUCUGUUGGUUUCUUGAUGACAGCACUUAUGCUUAUUAUCUUACGCGUUAUUAAAUUAUACUUUGAUGAGAAACGCGCUCGACAACGUAAGGAAGCAUUACGCGCAAUGGCAACUGACGAACAUGUCGUAAGAAAUGAGCAUGAUGUUGUUGUGGUUGGUGGACGACGUGUACAAACAGUGCGUCGAAGAGUACGUCAAGAUAUGAUUGCUAACAAUGAUAGUGAUAUGGGUUUCGCAAGAAGUGCUAUCAACCAAACUGGUGACGCUUCUGAACUGGAAGAAGAUGAGUCACUGUUAGCUGAGCUAGCUAAAGAUGAACAUUUUGGCAAGAAAAAGUUGGCAAAACUUCAAGCCAAAGAAGAACGGCGGAAGCAAAGAGAAGCUGAACUGUUGGAACGACAAGAACGAAAAAAAUUGGAGCAAGAAAGAGAAGAACGUCUGCAGAAAGAACGUGAAAAACAGAUGGAGGAAGAGGAAGAAGAGCGUAAAAGGAAACGUCAGGAAAGAAAAGAGCGUGAAAAACGAGAAGAAGAAGAGUAUAGAAAGCUUCGGGAAACUUUUGCGGUUGAUGAAGAAGGAUUCGACCAAGUUGAUGGAGAGGAGUCACAGAAUCUUCUGCGCGAUUUCGAAGAGUAUGUUCGCAAGACUAAGGUUGUCAAUAUAGAUGAAUUGGGUGCUCAUUUCAAUCUAUACGCAGAAGAUGCAAUAGAUCGGCUUAACUUCUUAGUUAGCAAUGGCAAUUUAACAGGAGUGAUGGACGAUCGCGGGAAAUUUAUUUAUAUUACUUCAGAUGAACUUCAAGCUGUGGUAAAAUUUAUCAACCAGCGUGGUCGAGUGUCAAAAGCAGAAUUAAUUGAAUAUAGCAAUAAGUUGAUUGCAUUAGAAUCACGAUCUGUGGAGCAUAUGCAGGAAGUGACAGCAUCAUAA